CCAACCUCCAGCUCUACAGAUCCAGUGGAUUGGACUCCUCCACUGCCGUCUCCAUUGUCUGGGAGUAGGACUGCAGAGCUAGACGCUCACCAUGCCCCCCACGUUCAGAUCAUCCCGUUCCGGGCGCCAAUUCGGCGAUGGCGCCAACCGCACCAGAACCGGCCAGAUCGACCACGAUGUGUUCGAGGGCCUCCCUGUGCGGCGAUGGUCGCGUCAGACUCAGACCAUCUCGCAAGUCCCCAAAACCGAAAACACAGAAGCGGACGACCAGGGCCCGGGCGGCAAGCCGAAUGUCCCCGAACACCCAAUGCCUCGAGACAGCCACCUUUUGGCCCCGAUGAGCAAAGCGCUCCUGCGAGCUGCCCGCUCGGGGUGCAUCUACAUCCGCCAGGCGGCGGCCAAGGACUCGGAAGAUGAGGAGAAGGAGGCGACGGAUGGAGAGGAACUGCCGCUGGCUCAGAGCACCGAACGUAGCUUCGUCACCCGCAAAUGGGCGACCAUUCCCAAACACCUGGAAGCCUCGGAGGUCGAAUUCCUCGCCAAGAGACGCCCGGGUCUGCCGUCUCUCUAUGGCGCCAGUGCUCCGGCGGUGGACGCGACCAAUUCUGGUGCGCCGAUGAGGAAGACCCGGUUCAAGAAGGUCGAUCCGACGACCGGGAAUAUCUCGAUCUACCAGGCCUGGGUGCCGGAGGGACACAAGAUCGAGGGAGAAAUCGCCGAUGAAUCUCAGUUCGUGGCGGAGAACGGCACCAGCGCGGUGGUUCCGGAGGCGCCUGCUCCGGGCACGGUCAUCGAUGGCGUCGGGGUCGUCAAUGCCGAGGGCGUCGUCGUCGCAGAUACCGCCUCCGCGGCGGUAACGACUCCUUCGAAAAGACGUCCGCCUCCUCCCAAGCGCAAGGGUAAGGGCAUCGCGAAGGGACGGCGGAAGAAGGUUAUGUUUGCCCCGGGAGAGGGUACGGAUGCAGCCUUGGUUCAUGGUGCCAAUCCCACUGGGGCUGAUGGCGCGGCGGACUUUCCCAAAAAUGGAGAUGCGGCACAGACGCCAGUCGACCAGAACGGGCAGGACGAAGAAGAUGAUGAGGGUGACGAGGGUGACGAGAGCGACGAGGGUGAUGAGUCCAUGCUCGAUGCGAAGACCCCGGAAACUCCAGUGGCUCGUCCCAGCACUGAGCCCCCAGCUGACUCGGUGCCUGCCUCUGCGCCUGCCACAGCACCCGAACCAACAGCGACGGUUGCAGCAGGCACUGCGGAAGUUGUCACGUCUUUGCCUGAGGCUCCGUCCGCUGAGCUGCCAGAAGCUCCCACGCAGCCAGCUAUGGCUCAAGAUACACCCCUAGUUGCCGAAACUCCCUCGGAGGCCACUGGUCUGUCCACGCCUGCAGUUCCCGAGCAGCAGAGUGAGACCCAAACGCCUAUGGAAGAUGUGGAGAUGACCGAAGCCAAGCCUGAACCGGAAGAGACCCCUGUUCCUCAGCAAGCCCCAGACGCGCAGCAACCACAGCCAACCGCGGAAAGCGUCGAAAAUGCCCCUAGCUUGCCGCCUCAGGAGGCUCCUCAGGCUCCUGUCCCUGAAGCUCCCGCAGUUGAAGCUACGGAACAGGCCGUUGCCGAAGUGCCCGUAGAGAAGCCAGUGGAAACAGCUGCACCAGGCACUGAAGAAGCGGCUCAGGCACCGUCUCAGGCUGAUCAGGAUAUGGACACGGUUAUGGAAGACUUUGCUCCUGAACAGGCUGCGCACGACCAGGCUCCAAAGGAACAAGUCGAGCAAGCUGCUCCUGAACAAAGUCCCCCCCAGCCAAGCGAGGAAGGUGCAGAGACCAAGGAAUUCGACCUUCUGGGUAAUCUCGAAGCGAGCCUGAGCAAUCCAAACGAAGGGCAGGACGGCGAUCGAAUGGACGUGGAGAACACGGAUGCACAAGCCCCGGUCGAGCAGCCCACCGUCGCAGAGACUACGCUAGAACCUCCUCAGGUGAAUAUAGCCGCAGAAAGUAGGGCAGAGUCAGCAGAUAGAGUCAUCGAGGCUGUGGAACCGGCUACUGAACCAGUCACUGAGCCAGCCACUGAACCGGCUGUGAUAGAAGAAAAAGAGCAGGUUGCAGAACCAACCACCGAGCAGCACACCGAACCGAUCUCCGAAGCGCCUGUGCCACAGCCUGUUGAAUCCGCGGCAGAGGCUCCAGCGGCGCAGGCCGAAGAGCGGGUCAAAGAGCAGGCAAAGGAGCAAGUCACGGAGCAACCUCAGCCAGAGGCAUCUGUCCAGCAAGAUCUCCCUAGUACGGAAGAACAGCAGCCCGUCGAACCAACAGCACAGGCCCCGGAAGAAGUUCCAGCCCAGGAUGCAGCUCCAGCUACCGAUGUUGAUGUCGCAGUCGAGCAGCCAGCUGUAGAGCAACCCUCAGAGCCACAGACGGAGCAGUCGACAGAAGUACCGGAGGACCAAACAUCCGCCAAGGUUGAGGACUCAGUCCCCCAGGCAGAGGAGGAGAAAGAAGAGGAGAAAGAAGAAGCUCCACUCCAGCAGCCAGAGGAACCUCAACCAGAUGCGGUUACGCCUUCUGUAUUAACUGGCACUGCGGAAGAACAGCCGGAGCCAGAGCCAAAGCCAGAGCCAGAGCAACCCCAAGCUGAAGAAUCGCGGGGAUCUGUAGAGGGAACCCCUGUCUCUACUGCUGCUCCGGUUCCUGCUCCUGUUUCCCCCUCGGCCCCGGUUGACUCUACAUCUCUAGAGGCCAAGCUAGAGGAGUUAGAGUCAGACGCAAAGACAGAGGAACCACAGCCAGAGGAGCCAAAGCCAGAGGUCCCAAAGCCAGAGGUCCCAAAGCCAGAGGUCCCAAAGCCAGAGGAAUCAAAACCAGAGGAAUCAAAACCAGAGGAAUCAAAACCAGAGGAAUCAAAACCAGAGGAAUCAAAACCAGAGGACACAAGCACAGAUAACACCGAACAACCCCCCUCCACCACCAACCCCGCAUAAACCUCAUAUCCCAUGCCUCCCAACCUCCCUCCCUCCCUCUCUCUAGCUACCAUCUCCACCAGAAAUACUCUUCGCAGCAAUCUUGUCUACAAUUUCCGGCGCGGUGUACAGGCGCAUUUACCGGGGGAAAUCCAUUUAUUUACUCAUUUACGUGAAUAUUGUUGUUGAUUGUUGAUUGUUGAUCUCAACACGGAUAUCUUGCUUUCUUUGUAUCAUAGGGAUUCUAUUCGCUGUUGUGUUGUGUUGUGUUGUGUUGUGUUGUUUGCUUGCUUGCUUGUGUAGUAGCGAGCGAGCGAGCGAGUGAGCGAACGUAUGAUAUGAUAUGAAUAGAGAUACAUACAUACAUACAUACAUACAUACAUACAUACAUACAUACAUACAUGGAAUCUAGAAUACUAUGUCUGUCUGUUUGUCUGUUUGUCUGUUUGUCUGUUUGUCUGUUUGUCUGUUUGUCUGUUGUCUUGUUGUCUUGUUGUCUGUUGUCUGUAUGUCUGACUUU